AUGACAGCGAUCAGGAUGGUUUCAUCAGUGCUGCUGCUGGUGCUGAUGCAGUCCGGAGCUUUUUGCGCACGGAGGUUCCGUGGUGGCCGCAACCCACAACCACGCCGCUCACCACCUCCUCCCACAUACCGGGCGGAUCGGGGGGAUACCACCGAGAGCUUCCCUCUGGAUUUCACCGCCGUGGAGGAGAACAUGGAUAACUUCAUGACACAAGUGAAGAACCUUGCGCAGUCCCUCUACCCGUGCUCGGCGCAGAAGCUCGACUACGACAUGAAGCUGAACUUUUUGGAGAAUACAUCAGUCACCUGCAACGAUGGGAGUCCCGCGGGGUACUACCUGAAAGAAUCUCGAGGCAGCAGACGGUGGUUGAUAUUCCUAGAGGGCGGCUGGUACUGCUUCAACAAGGAAAACUGUGACAGCCGAUAUGAGACCAUGAGGAGAUUGAUGAGCUCAUCCAAGUGGCCCCAAACUAAAACAGGCACGGGGAUCCUGUCUCCGCUGCCUGAGGAAAACCCUCACUGGUGGAACGCCAACAUGGUGUUCCUCCCUUACUGCUCCAGCGACGUGUGGAGUGGCGCUACAGCCAAAACAGAGCAGAGUGGCUAUGCCUUCAUGGGCUCACUGAUUAUUCAGGAGGUCGUGAAGGACCUGCUGAACAAAGGUCUGGACAAUGCCAAAGUUCUCCUAUUGGCAGGAAGCAGUGCGGGUGGUACUGGAGUCCUCCUGAACGUGGACCAUGUGGCAGAGCUGCUGGAGGGACUGGGGCACACUGGGAUACAAGUGCGUGGCCUGUCUGAUUCUGGCUGGUUCCUGGACAACAAGCAGUACCACUGCACGGACUGUGUGGACGCCGUCAGCUGCGCCCCUACUGAGACCAUCAAGAGAGGCAUCAAGUACUGGGGAGGAGUGGUACCAGAGAGGUGCAGGCAAACCCAUGAAGGAGAGGAGUGGAACUGUUUCUUUGGAUAUAGAGUCUUCCCAUCAAUAAAAAGCCCAGUGUUUGUUGUCCAGUGGCUGUUUGAUGAGGCCCAGUUAACAGCAGACAACAUCCAACUAACAGGCCAGCCUGUGCAGGAAGGCCAGUGGCGCUACAUCCAAAAUCUGGGCAUUGAGCUGAGGAACACACUCAAAGAUGUCCCGGCUAUGUUUGCUCCAGCAUGCCUCUCACAUGAAGUUAUCACCAGAAAUUACUGGAUCGACGUGCAGGUUAAAGGCACCUCCUUGCCACGAGCUCUGCACUGCUGGGACCGCAGCCUCAACGACAACAGGAACAACAAGGCUCCACCCAAAGGCUGCCCUGUACAUCUGAUUGACAGCUGCCCGUGGCCGCAUUGCAACCCCACCUGCCCCACCAUCCGAGACCAGUUCACAGGACAAGAGAUGAACGUCAUCCAGUUCCUCAUGCACAUGGGCUUUGAUGUGCAGAAGAUGGCCCAGCAGCAGGGCAUGGACCCCAGCAAGCUACUGGGCAUGCUCAGCAGCGGCAGCUAAAGGGACACACGUACACACAGGAUCUCCAAGCUAAGCCCAAGCAGGGCUGGCUGGUCUCUCUGGCCGGUCUACCAUGCCUGAUACCUCCAACUCCACCUUCACAACCCAUUCUACCUAUAGUCAACUCCCCUCUGACCGCCUGUUUACUUCAGUCCGAGCCUCAGUCCAACACAGGUGCUUAGAUUUGUCCCACAAUCCCUUUCCUCACACAUGGUGACAAAUACAGGGGCAACACAACACCGCGACAAGGCACAACUCUCCGCUACUCUCCAUUUUAAAUUAUCUUUUGCUUUGUAAAAGAAAAAAUAUCACGAAUGUAAUCCAGUUUUAAGGAUGCUCAUUGAUGUUUUGUUUUUUUUUAUAUUAUAUUCAUCCUUCUCUAUAGAUUAUUAUAUUAUUAGUCAUUGUUUAAACACCACAAUGACGUAAGGAUGCUGUCUUUGUUAAGUAGUCACUAUAGAGUAUAUAAAAAGGUAUCAUUUUGUUCAAACUGUUUUAUAGUUUCUCAGUACACCAACACCUACAUCAAGGCACAAACAUGGGCAUAUGAUAAGGUGAGAAAGGCACUGGAUCAGAAAGAAAAAAUAGUAUUUCUCUCUUAAAUAAUGGCAAGAAGGAUGGACAGACACUAAUAUCCUCUUAUCAGCUUGCGGGGUAAGACCAGGUGGGAUCAACACACUCUCAUAGUUAGGCUACUAAAAAUUAAAUAAAGCCGCAAACAGACAAAUAUCAGCUGUUAUAAAAGUAGUAAAAGUAGCCCGAAAAAAAAGAACAAAAGACAGACAAUGCUCCAUAAUUUACAUUAUUGUUGUGAUUAUAAUGGAUUAAGAGAAAAUAUGUAGGUAACUCGUACCUGACAGUGUUGAAGUCUAAGUGGCAUACUUUCAGCAUUGCUGUGAAGAUGUGUCAGUGCUCGGUUUAGUCGUCUGCUGAAGCUGAAUUUGGUGCUAAAGUAGAUAUACAUUAACCACAGUGCCAUUACAUCUCGUCUAUACCUUUUUAGCACAGGACACAUCAUCACAAGAGGAGUGUUCAAACCUGAGACAUCGGGUCCACAUGCCUGUUAGGUCAGUAGUUCAGCAGACCUCAGAUCAAUGGAAUGAACAUUUAAAGGGAGACAAAUAUUGUGUAUUGUAUAUUUUUUUGAGUAUUUGUAUAGGUUCUUUCAAGUGUUCACUAUUGUAACUCCCUUCUUAUAUUUCAUAAUAGAGAUCACUUUUUUAAUAUAAUGACAAUGUUGUAUGUAAUGAUGUCUUUAUAAAUGAUGUUUUUAAAGGACCUCUAUUUUGCAUCACACCAGAGAAGGAAAGGUAUUACUAAUUGUAGUUUUAUUCUGUAACAUAUUUUUUAACAGAAGAAAAAACUCAAGCUACAUUGGUAAUUUACAUAUUUAUUUUGUUAUGUAAAUCAUAUUUAUAAGUGCUAUUUACACAGAGAAGUGAUUCUUUGUAAAUUGUAAAUACAUUGCUGUUUUUUCUCUUUGUGUUGAUUGCAUGUCUUUGUA